GGUGCAGGCCUGGGCCGGGCCGGCGAGGACGGCGGCGGGAGGCGCCAUGGCUCUGCCGGGUGGAAAUAAGGAUAACAUCAGAGCAGGAUGCAAGAAGUGCGGCUACCCUGGCCAUCUGACAUUUGAAUGUCGAAACUUCCUCCGAGUAGAUCCUCAAAGAGAUAUUGUUUUAGAUGUUAGCAGCACUAGCAGUGAAGACAGUGAAGAAGAAGAACUACAGAGAUUGCAAGCCAUGCGUGAAAAAAAGAAUUUAAAUGAGGAGGAAGAAAAAAAGAAACAAAAAAGAAAAAGCAAAGAAAAAACAAAAUUAAAGAGACCAAGAAAAAGAUCUUCCUCAUCAAGUGCAGCUGAAGAGGAUGGGCCAAAGUCAAAAAAACAAAAAUCACACAAAAAAGAAAGGGAAAAGGAAAAAAAGAAUAAAUCUAAGAAAGGAAAACAUCAUAAAAAGGAGAAAAAGAAGAGACGAAAGGAAAAAAGUUCGUCUUCUGAUAGUUCAGACAGUUCUAGUAGUGACUGAGGUGCUGGCCUAUUUUUGUGUUCAAUUCUGCAGAGAAGAUGAUUUUCCUUUCAAAUCAAAUUUAUUUAUGCUUUGCAAUGCUGUUGUUUUAAAAUGAGAUAGAUAUAUAUUUUUAAGAAAUCUAUUUGCAAAUAUCAGUGCUUCAAAUUAUUAAAUGGACCAUUUGGAAAAAAAUUCACUCUUCUAUUUCAAGUUUAUUAGUACUAAACCAUGCAAGUUUAACUAGUUCUUCAGUCUUAUUCUUAGUUCAGUUGUGAUUAGUUGUGUUUGGAAUCCUUUACACUAGGAUAUGGUAAACUUCAGUUUGUAAGUCUUUGUGUAGAAAGAUUUGGACUUAAAUAUGCUUAAUGUCAGAAUGGUUAAAUCAAAUUUGAAAAUUCAAGUGAGAUUUUCUAUUAUGUUAUCCUUUAAAUAAAUGUAUGUUUUGCAUAACAUUUUCUACGUACAUACAUUAAUCAGUAAGUGCAAAUAUGAAAUAGUGUUUGGGUCUGGAGAAGGGAAAGAAUGGGCAAUGAGAAGCUAAAAGAGAUUGCUCCUUCAAAAUUAUCUUCUAAAAUUGAUCUAGUCAUAGACUGUGAAACACCAUUACUCAUUCUUUUUUGGCAGGAUCACAGUGAGCAAGCUGAAAACAAACAAAAGCGAACAAAAGCUAUUAAUUUUUCAAAAUCCUUUCUUUCUGCCUAGAUUUUGUUCUUUUACAAUUACAGCCAUUUCACUUUUGACACAGAUGUAAAGUGCCACUUCCUAACACUAGAUGACUGUCCAGCAAGAUUGUUUACAAAGUUCUAAGAACCAUGUUAAUACAGUAUGCGGCGAUUAAUGCCUACACUAACUGAAACAGGAAAUUCAAAGACUGACAAUUGACAAGAAUUGUGAAGCCUCCAUUCAUUCUAAUAAAACUCCCACUGAAAAGUUAAAAAAACAAACAAACAAACAAACCCCUUGUGGCAUGUACGCAAUCUAUCAUGUUGAAGUUGGUAGCAAAAUUUACCAUUUGCUAUUGGGAGCAAUGUUAAGUAUGUCAAAAUUGGAUUCUGGGGUAUCCAAUUCGUAUCUUGUACUGUGGUAGGGUACGGGUUCAAGACAGACUCAUACUUUUUGAGUUGAGCAGAUUUUAGGUGUAUAAUCCUACCCCAGAAAUGCCUAAAUCUCAAAAUGCCUAUGUUUACAGCUUCUUGAAAAUGCUCUUCCUGUCUGCGGUUUCGUUUCUUUCUGCUUAGACACAGAAAUGCUUCCACCUGAGCUGCCUGGCAUACAGCUGCAGUGUAAGUCUCACAGGAGUCAAGAUAUGAGGAAGAGCAACACCUAAGCUUUCUUAACAAUAAUAACCAUCGCCUGUUUUCUCCAGUGGUUUAGAGCAUUGAGUCAGUACAAAAUGUUUGGAAUUUUAAAGGUUACUGCAUUUGACCUGGAAGUGAGAUACGUAGAUCUAACUCUGUCUUUCAAACUUUUAUGUCUCAGACCAGUACCCUUACUAUUGGGCAGCUUGUGCUGUAGAUGCUGUGCUAGGGUACAUAAAGAUCAAAAUACUCAUGGAAGCCGCAGAGCAAAGAGAAACGAUCUGUAACCUUCUAUGUAGGUCUCUCAGUAAAGGAUGGCAAAGAGUCCUUGCAUCUGCUCUUUUUUCUUACUGGCUUUGGUCCAAUCUAAUUUUUCAUGUCAUAUAUCAUGAUUUCUGGGAUGGGCUUGGAUAAUAUAACUGAA